AUGUCUUUCAUCAGCACACUCACCGUUGUGGCAUCCCUGCUACUUGCAGACCUUGUCAACGCGGAACGGGUCCUGGGGGUAUAUAUUUUCCAGCGGCAUGGGGAUCGCACCGCUAAAGCCUGGCCACCAACCAAGUUGACCAGUCUCGGGUAUAGUCAGGAGUAUAGGACUGGGUCCUUUUUCCAUGACCGCUAUAUCUCGGAUAACUCUUCCUAUCAGAUCGAUGGAAUCAGUACCGACAUCGUUAACUUGGCCCAGGUCACCGCGAGUGCGCCUCAAGAUGAUGAUUCCUGCAAGGCCUCUACCCCCCCUGUUGGCUCUAUUGCCACGGAUACUCUUCGCAAUGGAUCAACCAUCCAGUCCCCCUUGAACGGCUACCAGCUGAUUCCUAUGUCAGAUGUGCGAUCUGGCAGUGGUAGUGAGGACAACACGUGGCUGCAGAGCACCUCUUCCUGUAGCAAGGCCAAAUUCAGCAGUAAUAACUACUUGAAUUCGAAAUCCUACCACGAUCUACUGUCAACCACGCGCGGACUCUACCAGUCUCUUGAGCCGCUAGUGAAUCAGACAUUCAACCCUAGUGAGUUGAGUUACAAGAAUGCAUACACCAUAUGGGAUUUGCUCUACGUGGCUUUGAUCCAUAACUCCACUGCGAGCUUCCCCUCAUCCGCCGCUCUUACCGACACGGUCAUGCAAGAGCUACUUGUUCUUGGGAAUGAGCACGAGUUCAACCUGGCGUACAAUAUUUCAGACCCCAUCCGUGCUGUUGCAGGUAUGACUUUGGCAGGCGAAGUUCUGACAGCCUUGAACGAAACAAUUACAUCUGGCGGGGAAUCCAAGCUGAACGUCCAGUUUGGUGCAUACGCCUCUUUCCUGUCCUACUUUGGCCUUGCCGGGCUCUCAUCCGCCAAUGCGAACUUUACCGGAAUCCCUAGCUAUGCUUCAUCCAUGGCAUGGGAGCUUGUGACAAACGACGAGGGAACUGGUAUGCCCCCCACGUCGGACAUUAGAGUUCGUUUCGUUUUCCACAACGGAAGUGAUAUAGGGGACUCAGCAAAGCUGCUAGCUUAUCCACUUUUUGGACAAUCUACGAUCGAACUCCCUUGGUCGCAAUUUGUGGACAAGACAAAUGAGUUUGCCAUUACAUCGCAGCAGCAAUGGUGUGAUGCCUGUGGAAAUAGCACUGGAAUCUGCGCCUCAAGCUCUGGUGCUGGCGAUGGUUCCUCGUCUGCUUCCUCGGUCGGUUCUUGUUCGGGCAGAGGGAUGAGUUUAGGAGUGGCAGGCGUCAUCGGUGCACUGGUGACUUUGGGCGUUCUUGUUGGGCUGUUAAUCCUGAGUAUGGUCAUAUUUGGCCUACGAUUCGUACCCAAAAGUGCAGUCGCCGGUAUCCAUCGAGGAUCGGACGCUUCGACGGCCCCAGCGAUUAAGACGAUUGCAGCGUGA